AUGCCGUCCGUCGCCGAUUUACCUGCAGAACUGCUGUCGUAUAUCUUUGAAGCUUACGUCGCGCCACCCUCUGCGAACCUGCCGACCACACUGAGAGUCGUUUGCAAGCGCUGGCGGGAGAUAUCUGAGUCUACCCCCGGCAUCUGGAAUGACCUACUUCUUGGAUCCGGCACGCAGUGGACUCAGCGGGCCCUGGAAUGGUCAGGCUCAUGCCCACUGACCGUCGAUGCGGUGAAAGUCCAAGUCCAAGAGCGGCCCGACUGGCACGAUAGCAUGCUCCUGAUCCUUCCCAACAUUCAUAGGAUCAAGGGGCUGUACGUCGGAUUCCCGCCCCAUCACUUUCCUGGCAAAAUACGGCAAAUCAUGCGCAUGUUGGACGACUGCGCUGCUCCCUUGCUUGAGGCUUUUCGCAUGACCGGUCCUACCAACCCAUUAGCGAUACUCAAACUCGGCCUCAACUUUCUUUCAGCGCCUCUUCCGCGCUUGAGAGAGGUCCGGAUCUCCAACUGCAUUAUUGUUCCACAAUGCCCCAUACUGGGUGCGCCCCAACUUUCAAGCCUUACCAUACGUCAAUGCACCAUCUGGUCGACGAUGGACGAGGUUGUCGAAACCUUGAGAUUGCUCCCUCUGUUGGAGACCUUUCGUUGGGAGGAUCAGCCUCCAGAUGGCGCCACCUUUGAGGGAUCUACCCUUCUACCUCCGAACACUCUCGAGACCGGACCGACCAAGUUGUCAAACCUACGGUCGCUGGACAUCCGCCACACCAUAGAAGCUAUCGUAAACCUCAUGGACCGCAUUGAGAUGCCGUCUUCUUGCACCAUCGCGCUUGAUGCCAGUCUCGUCAAUAAUCCGGCUACAGCAAUGGUGGUUGAUGCCGUGGACCGCGUACUGUCACCGUACUUGUCUGCCAGAUUCCCUAUCGGCAGCGGCAAGGGAUAUGGGGGAUUCGUCGUCAGCGACUUUUGGCACCACAUGGCGCGCGGGUUGACGGUGCAGUGGACGAUGGACUCCGAAGCCGCCGUCGAUGACUACAGCGGUCAGAAGGGAGAUCUCUCCUUGGCCCUGCACGAAGGUCAUUUUGACGACGACGAGAUGUUGAGCAUGAUCUGGCGGAUGGUUGAUCGGUGGCCUGCCACUCGGGUCGCAGUGAGGCAUAUCGUGGCGCGGCACCCUCACGUGUUUGGCAAUCGUCCGAGCGACCUAUCGCGCUUUAUUCCCUCGUGGGUGGCAAUCCUUGGGAAGUUUGAGGCCGUAGAGAAGCUCUCUAUCUCUAGCAGAGCCAUAGCGUAUCUACCGGCGCUACUGUCCUCAUCGCAUACUCGCAUAUUCCCUCGGUUGGAGCUCAUCAUCGUCCGGUUUGCCAAGAUGACGUCGACGGACGUCGGUCUCCUCUCCACGGCGCUAUUGCAGCGGCGCGAUGGCGUCCAUUCUUCUUCUUCAAGCAAGGUCAUACUCGAGAACUGCGAGGUCGACAACGUGGACAGGCCAAAGCGGGAGAUGGUAGUCGCAUUGGGGGAAAUGCCUCGGCCAAAGGAUAAGACAAGUAUCGCAUAUCUCAUCUUUUAA